AUGGCAAAUCAUAAUAAAUCUGGUGUUAUUGGUAUGCUGGUUCAUGGCAAAAUUGAGAUAACUCAAAAAUCUAUUGAUUCUGAUCAUGUAGAUCGAAAAAAUAUGGAAUAUUUACCAUAUCCUGAUGAUAAUUUUAAUGAAAUUAUUGAUAAUUGUUUUCAACGAGGUGAUAAAUUUACUCUUGAACAUAUACGUCGCCGUACUGGACAAGCAUUUGUUCCUAAUGUUCGAGUUCAUGUUAAAUCAAUUGUAGCUAAACGUACUGAUAAAUGUUCUACAGCAUUUAUUGAUCCAUAUUUAUUUUGUAUAACAGCUCAGCAUGGACUUAAUAAAUGGACUAUUUAUAAACGUUAUCGACAUUUUCAAGAUUUACAUCAAACAUUGAUGAAUUUCGUGAAUGAAGAAAGAAAAAAAUCAAACAAUGAUUUAGAUAUGUAUGUAUGA